AUGGGCGACGUCGGGUCGAUGUGCGGGAUGUUCGCGGGGUGGGGCUUCUGGUUCACCCUCGCGAACGGCAUCAAAGAGAUGAAACCGCACCUCUUCAAGCACAACUGCAAGAUAUGCAACAAGGCCGGCAUCAUGAAGUGCGGCAAGUGCGACGGCCACGGCGUGGCGUGGCGCGAGGCGAAGCCCGUCGCGGAUUUCGACUCCAUGAAGGUGGACGUCUCGAGAAGCGGGCAGCUCGCGCGCGGGCAGGCGAAAAACGAUGCGUUCACCGGGUACUUACCCUGCGAGUACUGCAAGCAGACCGGCGUGCAGACGUGCCGGAGCUGCAAGGGCGUGGGGUGGCACUACCUCCCGUUCGUGAAUCAGCGGAAAUUCGAGCCGCACCCGAUCUUUGAAGAUUUUCACUGGGCGCGCUGUUUCGGGAACACCGCGGACCGCAAGGACAUGGAGCGCACGAUGCAAAAAGAUAUCAUCACGGACGCCAUGAUGGAGAACAAGGCGAGGAAGGAGGCGGAGGAGGACGCGGAUUACGCGAGGAAGAUCGCGGAGAAGAGGGCGAGGAAGGAGGACAAGGUAAAGAGAGCGAAGGAGAAGAAGGGCGGCGGCGGGUUCGCCGGGCUGCCCUUCUUCGGCGGGCGCGGGAAGGACAAGGAGCCCGAGAAGAAGGACAAGAAGAAGGACAAGAAGAAGAAGAAGAAGAAGAAAGAGACCGCGUGACGACGAGCCGCGUCGUUAAUUAUUGUCAUGAUUUACAUGCUAAAUCACGGGUUGAACCCCGUGAAGACC